CUAUUUUUCAGUCAGUUCACGCUCCCGAUUGCAGUGGGUUCGCUGGCGAUCGUGUCUUCAAUCCUGCUGGAGUCGGGAAUUGGGGGCGAUUUAGCGACUUGUCAAUCUAGAUGAUGAGAAAUGUAUCAAUCCAAAGCAGUCUCAAGUAUAAGUCCAAACAGCAAGAAUCCACUUGCUCAUGACCAACACUUAGAACUGAGUGACAAUGUUGUGUUCUCGAAUAGUGGAAGGAACGAUCUUGGGAAUCCUAAUUUGGCAUCAAGACAACGUCUACGGUGGACCAAUGAGCUUCAUGACCGUUUUGUGGAUGCGGUGACACAGCUUGGUGGACCAGAUCGAGCAACUCCGAAAGGAGUUCUUAGAAUCAUGGGUGUAUCAGGACUAACUAUAUACCAUAUAAAGAGCCACUUACAGAAAUACAGGCUUGCAAAUUAUAUCCCUGAUUCAUCAGCUGAUGGUGCUAAGUCUGAAAAUAAGGAUUCUGGUGACCAUACUAUGAGACCUGAAAACUCCUCUGGAAUGCAAAUGACUGAAGCACUCAGGUUACAGAUGGAGGUGCAAAAGCGGCUUCAUGAACAAUUAGAGGUACAAAGGCAACUGCAGCUAAGAAUAGAAGCCCAAAGCAAGUAUCUUAAGAAGAUUAUUGAGGAGCAUCAGCUGCUCAGUGGGGAGCCGGCUGAACUACCUGGAGUAGGCAUUUAUGCCUACAGUAAUGAUAAUUGCUUAAACUCUGAUGACAAGACUGACCCUCCGGCUCCUGCGCCAACUUCAGUUUCCCCAGUUCAAGACAAAGCUGCUAGCAAGCCCCUGACUCCUGACUCCACUUGCCAUGUUUCCUCCCCUUUAGAGAGUCCAAAGCAUGAGAGGGUGAAGAGGCAGCGGUUCCCAGGGCAUGAAACUACAGACUUAAUGCCUGCUCAGCAUAUCCUGGAGUCAAGUUCAGGCUCAGAUUUCCAGCAGCCAUGCUCAGUGUUCCUAGCUGGCAGAGGGCAAUUUGAUGCAUCAAGCGCUUCAAUCUUCAAUGAACAAUUUGGGAAUGAUUCAGGAAGUGAAUUAUGAAGGAUUCAUGCAAGUUGCUGUUCAUCAAGGAUAGCUUGACGAGAGAAAAGCCAUGCUGGAGGGUGAAUAAUUAUUAUGUGAUUUUUCAGCUCAUAGAGUCUCAGCAAUUCAUGAGAUGCCCGCACAAAUUCACAGCUCAGACAGGAGGUUCUCUACUCCAUGGUUAAUCACAGCAGCUUAGGAAUUGACCGGGGGAUUUAGCAUCCCAUGUCAGCCAAAGAAGUGAUUGAUUCUUGAUUUUGGCUUCUUCAUUUGUUUAAUCUGUUGUGCUGCCAUGUCUAGUUCUCGUAUUAAAGUUAAAUGCAGUAGGAACUUUGACCCAUCCA